CACGGCUUCACAGGUACUAGCUGUGAUUCUGGUCUAUAAUCCCACGAUGGCUUCGUGCUCAGCUGGUAUUGCCGGGUCUCAUUCGUUGGCAUCUGUCCAAGUUGAAUGUGCCACCUUUACCAAAGACUGCUCAAAUCGGGCCAGACUGGGGUCAGCGAGAUCUCUCGGCCUAUUCUACAUCUGAGAUUCAAUGCUAGAUAAAUAGCCUUUGAUCUUCAUCCACAUAUCGUUUCGAUAUUGCGCUCAGUCACUGGUAAAUCAUCAACAACUCAACAGAUACAAUCCCGUCAUCAAGAUGAAGUAUAUCCCAAUUGCCAUCGUAGGUCUCCUCUCCUUCGUCAAUGCCCAGAGAUGCAACAACGAUAACUGCGCCCGUGCCGUGACUGGCACCAGGGCUGGUAUUCCCGUGGACAUCUCAUCCCGCCGCUCAGACUGUUCCUCUUACAUGCAGACCACUGUCAUCCCGGACACACUGUAAGUGCCAUUUUCCCAAUCCACUAUGAGACCGCGGACACAACUCUAACAUGGCCCAACAGCACUUCAACCGUCACCACCACAGUCUACACCGACGACAUCCCCCCGACCCCCACCACCACCUUCUCCCAGUCCACAACCCGCACCCCAG